AAAACCGGUUUGGUUUUGUCGGUUCGAAAAAUAUUGGAUUAAAUAGCAAUCGAUUAAGCAAAACCGGGUAUGGUUAACCUUGUGUCUCUCUCCCUCUCUCUAACACAGAAGCACACAAUUCCGUUGGUCGACGUCUUAAGUUUGCCAGCGAAAUCGAAGGUAGUCCCUUCGUCUGCUUUCUGUGAGCUUUCUCUCUGUUCCACCAUUAAUCUUUCCCUUUUUUCUCUUAUUCAAACUUUUUCUUCUUCUUCUUCUUCUUCGGGAAAAAUAUUUUUUUUGCAAUUUUCUUUCUUCCUCCAUGAUCUUUCUCUUCUUUGUGACUUCGCCUCCUCUGUGCUCAUUUUCAUGAAUUCUUCUCUUGUUGCGACGCAAAGACCCAUUUUUUUCUCUGUUUCUGCUGCGAAAAGACAAGACCUUUUUUAUAUAUAAAAGAACACAUCUUCCGUUACAGUGAAUUUGUUGUUGUCUAAAGAGAGACUCUUGUGUCCGAAUAUAGACGUCCCCCAUCUUCAAAGAUUCGAUUUUGAUCAAUCCCUUGCAGAAAUUAAAGUUUCAUCAGGUGAUUGGAGAUGGGUAGAGUUAAGUUGAAGAUUAAACGGCUUGAGAGCACAAGUAACAGGCAAGUUACAUACACGAAGAGAAAAAAUGGGAUAUUGAAGAAAGCCAAAGAGUUAUCCAUUUUGUGUGAUAUUGAUAUUGUCCUUCUUAUGUUUUCUCCUACCGGAAGGGCUACUGCUUUCCAUGGAGAACACAGUUGCAUUGAAGAGGUUAUUUCCAAGUUUGCGCAAUUAACUCCACAAGAAAGGACAAAAAGGAAACUGGAGAGCCUUGAAGCAUUGAAGAAGACUUUUAAGAAACUGGAUCAUGAUGUAAAUAUACAUGACUUUUUAGGAGCAAGGAAUCAAACUAUUGAGGGUCUAAGUAACCAAGUAGCGAUUUACCAAGCUCAGCUUAUGGAGUGUCAUAGGAGGUUGAGUUGCUGGACGAACAUUGAUAGAAUAGAAAACACAGAGCACCUCAGUUUAUUGGAAGAAUCAUUGAGGAAAUCUAUUGAAAGAAUCCAGAUUCACAAGGAACAUUACACAAAGAACCAACUUUUACCAAUAGAGUGUACAACAACACAGUUUCACAGCGGGAUACAGUUGCCUAUGGCGAUGGGAGGUAAUAGUAAUAUGCAAGAAGCUCACUCGUUGUCUUGGCUUCCUGAUAAUGAUAACCAGCAAACAAUCUUACCUGGUGAUUCCAGUUAUCUUCCUCAUAGAGAGAUUGAUGGAUCGAUUCCCGUUUACUCUGGCUGCUUCUUUGAGUCUACUAAACCAGAAGAUCAGAUAUGCAGCAACCCGGGACAACAGUUUGAGCACUUGGAACAACAAGGAAACGGUUGUUUGGGUUUACAACAACUUGGAGAGGAAUAUUCAUAUCCUACACCAUUUGGUUCUACUUUGGGAAUGGAAGACGAUCAAGAGAAAAAGAUAAAAUCAGAAAUGGAAUUGAACAACUUGCAACAGCAACAACAACAACAACAACAGCAGCAACAACUAGAUCCUUCAAUGUAUGAUCCAAUGGCUAAUGAUAACAGUGGCUGCUUUCAAAUUCCUCAUGAUCAGUCCAUGUUUGUCAAUGAUCAUCAUCAUCAUCAUCAUCACCAUCAUCAAAAUUGGGUUCCAGAUUCCAUGUUUGGUCAGACUUCUUACAACCAGCAACCGAACUAACUCAAGACAUGGCAAAUGUAUGUAUGAUGACUGGACUUAUGUUUGACAGGACUAGUUUGAGCCAUUGCUACAGUGUCCAAGAUAAAAAAUAUAUAUAUAAAUAUAGAGAGAGUGUACAUGUUUUUGUAUGUAUGAGCUUGUGUCAUAUACUCAGGGUAGUUUUUAGGCAUUUUGUGUAUAAGAGAUAUUGUCUAGUAACCAUAUAUUUUACAAGAAUGAUAAAUAUAAUCAUCCAUAGAUUGUUUUCUAUAG